AUGGCAGCAUCUGGUAUCUCGGGCCCAACAAGAGCUCGCUUAUGGUCUUCAAUCACUGCCGAAAGGAAAGAGCAUAUCCCUCGCGCGAUCACUGAGAACGUACGAAGAGCUCUGCGAGCACAACCUCAAAGCAAUCCUCUCACUCUGAAGAUACUUACACAAAUGGAUAAGACGCUUACGCCUUUGGCUGCCUCUGAUCCGCUGAGAAGAUCUGUUUCCGCGCCAGCAGAGGUUUCACUAUUCAGGUGGAUCAUCGAUGUCUUCACCGUAACCGUCAGUGAUGGGGCGUUUGGGAACGUGUGUUUAGACAAGUUCCCAGAGGUGCUAGAUAACAUGUUUUCUCUUCAGACGAAUGUGUACGCCAUCUUUACGAGGCGGCCGAAAAUUCUCGCACCAAAAGCUUACGAUGCCUGUGACAAGUUAUCAAAGAUUCUUGCCAGAUACUUUGCCCUGCCCAGGGAAGACAAAGUGGGCUGCGCAGAUUUCGUGACUAGAGCCGAAAACGAAAUCCGCUCAGCGGGUGUUUCACAAGAAGAGUUGGCCAUGAUAAUGCUCGACAACCCAUCCACUACCGCAUUCUGGUGCUUGUGCCGAAUGCUUUAUGACCCAGGGCUGUUAUCUGCGAUACGGAAAGAAUGCGAAGAGGCCUUUUCGAGAAACAGCCCUACGACAUCGGCAGACAUCCCAGUACAGCUGGAGUGCUGCCCAACUCUCAAGGCCACUGUUACCGAAACCCUACGCCUCCAUUCUGGCACCCACGUAUUCCGCCAUGUUUCAGAAGACACAGAGAUUGGUCCUUACUGCCUAAAGAAGGGUUCUACUGUUCUCAUCCCCUAUAACCGCUUACAGGUCAGCAGAACCUAUUGGGGUCCGGAUGCAGAGGACUUCAAUUAUCGACGCUUCCUGGACAAUCCUGAACUGGCACAUUCUAGGUAUUUCAGACCUUUUGGGGAUGGCAUUCAUCAGUGUGGUGGCAAAGCAAUGGCACCUCAACUUGUAAUGUACUUCGUUGCUAUUGUUGUGUGUCGGUACGAUGUGGGUAUCAGUGGUGGGUUUGAAAGUCAUCCAUUCCCUCGAAUUGAUUUUCCGAAAGGAAGGGCCACGGUACCAAUGCCAGUGGCUGGUGAUGUGCCUCAUGUUACUCUUACUCCGAAUAAAAGAGCAGCCUGA